AUGAACGUGGAGGGCGACAAGACCGAGAUCGCAAAGAUCGCAGCAGGAGGAGAUGCACCAGCAGCAUCUGCUUCGUCAUCUGGUAUUGUUUAUACCUCACAUUUGUCUUCAUGACUUUUCUCUGCAGCGGCUGGUAGUUAUAGUUCAUGCUUCACCUUCACGAGUGCUUAUUUUGCCAGAUACAACUACUGUGGAUAGAGAUGGGUGUUUUGUUUUUUCUGCAGCGGUUGCUCAUGGAGUAGAGUGGCCAACAUGUUGUUUUCCGAUUCUGUUGCACCUGUUGAAUCUUUGGACUUUGAGUGCCAAAGUGAGAAAUUCUGAUUUUAACCAGUUUAAUUCAAGUUCAUUUCCUGACGAGCCCUUUUGGUUGCAAUUGCUUUAUAACUUCGAGACUUGGGUAAACACAUGCAUCAAAUCUCAUGCAUUAGCAACAUUUGUCUCAUAUAAUGGAGGUAGUCUGUCAAUUUGUACUUUAAUAUGUAUUAGGUUCGCAUAAUGAGUUGACAUAGGACCUUCUCAGUGCUACUAAAUGAAAGAACUUUGAUUCUUUGAGUUUCAAAUUCUGAAUUUUUAGGAAAUAACGAGAAUUUUUGAUUUUGUCUUAUCUUUUUGAAAUUCAUUUCCUGAUGAAUCCUUUGCAAUCCACUUGUUUUCACUUCAAGAGUAAGAUUGAGCUUUUCGAUUUGUGGACCAGAUUAGCCUAGGAAUUGCGCUCCUAUCAUAAUGAGGAUGGGGUAAGCACUGAAAACAGAUAAACUAAGCAACGAAAAUGGCUCAAGAUCCUAGCAGCAUGCACAUGGUACGUAGAGCAUACAGUAGAAUAGAUAAGGUAAAAGUUAUGUCCACAAGGGGGCAGGCUCGUUUGCACUUUUCUUGGUUCUUCCUUCUCCCCCCCUCUCUAGGCUAGAUCUCCCCUCUCUUUCGUUUUCUUCUGAUCGCUCUCCGUAGGUCAUGAGCAUGUGAACAAGAUUCAUCUGCCCAAAAAUCGUUUCUAUUUUGACAUUUCUCUCUUCAGCUUCCGGACCUAUUGAGAUGGUGAAGGCUCCUAUGGACGGAGAGGGUGUGUAUGUCAAGUACGUGAAGCAGGUUGGCGAAAGUUAUGCUGCCGCAUGUCCCUUUUGGACUGUAUCCCAUGAGUGGGUUAACUACUACUACUACUACCACCACCUCCACUACUACUGUAUCCAUUUUUGCUGUCUAUCCACUUUGGCAUAGGCUUUUUCUAACCUAAGCUAGCCUUUGCAUACGGAUGCUCUUCAACGAGCCUGAUAAGCCAAUCCUUGGCUUCUCUUACCACGAGCGCGACUAGUUUGAUGUAGUGCAUGUUGAUAUUUAUAUUUGUACUUACGUACCUGCUAAAAAAUUGUAUAAGAAAGUAAGGGAUCCCAUUUGAAUACUGAUCAGGGACAGUGACCAUGAUUUACCGAUUCAGGUAAAUGAUCCCUGCUGCUCCCCGAGUACUAUCUAUAGAGUAUCUUCUUUUUUUCAGGUUUCUUUCUUUCUUAGUAAGGGCUCUACAACGAAUGAUAUUAUGCUAGAAGAAGUACUACUAGAGAUUUAAAGAGAUUGCAUGGCCUCCAUACCGACAAGAAUUAUGACCUUAUCAUACCUACAAGAAGUAGGAAUCUCCUCUUAAGGGAGCUCACUCCUAUCGUCUUUUAUCCUAUCCUGUCUAAGACAGCGUCAAAGCGGACGAGCUGAUCUGCGAAAUCGAGUCUGAUAAAGCGACAAUCGAGAUCACCAGUCCCGUUGCUGGAGUCAUCAAGGAAUACCUGGUCCCUCAAGGCAAAGUUAAGUACUUAGAUACUAGUCGUGGGUUUUCCUUUUCAAAUAGGCUAGUUCGUUGCUACAGUGCUUGUCAGGAAUGAAACCAUCCCAGCUGGUGCGUUGACUCUUGUCGAAAAACUUGGAACGGUAGUUCUUGUGAUCUUGAAACAGUCGAAAGACUUGGAACGGUAGUUCUUGUGGUCUUGUCAGGCACAUCUAUCCGGAAACCGCUAAUUCCUAGAUCAACGUGGAGGGCGACGCAACGGAAGUGGUCAGCGUCCAAACUGCAGGUGCGCCAGCAGCAGCAAGUGAAGCGGCGCCUAGCGUAUCGAAGAAGAAAGCCGUCACUAGUGUUAUGCAGCUAUUGAUUUCAGAUAAGGAAAACUAACCGGCCACUUUUCCUUCGUGCCUAAUCCCUUCAAACAAAGCUACCACUGAUUUCACAUUUUCACCUAGUGACUAGUCCUAAUAGUCCUUUAAACGUUGAUGUGAGAAGUAACACCAGUCUACUGCGUGUUUUUUAGGUGAAAGACAAGUUGAGAGAAGCGUUUCGAUCGCUCAUUUCAGGGCUGGGCUACUGCAACGAGUUACUACAACUGGUUCCUGCCACCUUUUACAUGCCCUUCUAAGCACAAACCUGAGCGAAAGAAACUCUCGAGAUACCAGGUGGCGAUGGCAAAGGGAAUGUCCGUUGGAGAUCGAGACACGAACUGCUUCAACCUCCUUGACCGUGUAGACUUCAAGUUAAGAAGUAGAAUAUACAGCAAUGAGUCGUGUGACUUUUCAAGUCUGCCACGUCGGAUGGUAGGCCCCAACCUAACCUAACCUAAGAAUAUGUCGACUUGACUCCUAGAUCAUGAGUUGCUUAUUCCAUAAGUUCUAUGUAAUAUUAAUGUCUCACAGGUGGUGGUUAUGUUGAACCGCGGCAGGGACACACACAUGGCAUGAAUUGCUUAUUCCAUAAGUUCUAUGUAACAUGUUCAUCGUGAUGUUCGCACCAGAUGUGCGGACCACGAUGAGCGUCAAAGAGUAGAUAGUGUCGUGUUCUAAGGCAGAGUAAGGUCGUGCAGAAGGCAAAGGAUAGUGGGGUCUCGCCGGUCGCGGUGUUGAUCAAGGCGUUAGGCACCGCCGCCAGCAAUGCGGAGAUGAAUAUCAAGCUGAGCAAGGACCGAACGGAAAUGAAGCUCUUCCCGAAGGUGAACAUCGGAUGCGCCAUAGAUGUCAAUGUUAUGUUCUGAGGAGAAAGAAAAGGUACAGCGUUGUAGUACAGCGUUGUAUAGUCAACGGGUAGAAAAGUACACUACUACUACUACUACUACUACUUACUGUACUAUAUCUCUGUUUGGGUACACUGCUACUGAUUGGGUACACUACUACUCAUUGGGUACACUACUACUAGACUACUACUAUAUCUCUGGUUCUCUGCAUAAGCUUUGUCUCGGACUUGACACCUGAGGAACGUUAGGCAUGAGACGCAUGACCAUGAUGGCCAUCUAGUAUCGAUCUGCAGUGCUGUGUGUUGUUGCUUAAAAGAUGAAAACAAACACACACUAAGUAGCACUUUCACAAUGAUCCUUCGUUCCUUUGGUAGUCCAACAAAGUUUGUGAAAGGCAAGUGCUGUUGUGAGCAACAAAGUUAGCUUCUCGCAGUGGAAGACACGGAAGGAGUUGUUUCUAGAUUGGCCCUCUAAUGAAGGCCAGCUUCGCACGGCAGUGGUAAAGGACGUAACGAGCAAGUCCUACGCAGAUGUCAUGGCUGAUGUCAAAAGGUACUCCUCUAGGAUCUUCUCAACAUUAAGUUGAAUACUGUUUGAUACUCCGCAAUAGUUCGCCCAUCUGAUAUUUUAUAGAUGGGUCCCAUGAUCUUGAUCCUACUCUAUUCUAUUCUACUCUAUUCUAUUCGAUUCUGUCCUAGCCUAUCCUAUCCUAUCCUAUCCUAUCCUAUCCUAUCCAAUCCUAAUUGCAAGCAACAACUUCUAUUCUUUUUUUUAGCUUAGUGCUCCUCUUAAACCAUGGGUUGAAGACGUUCAUCCUCUUAAAUGAAGCACGACCUGAAGAAAUGAAUCUACUCUUCCAGGAUGGCCGCAGCAGGAGCGAAGUUGCCCGCUGAGGAUCAAAACUUAGAUGAGGUGUGCUUUACCGUCUCCAGCAUGGGUAAAGAUGCAACGGACGUGGUCAUUCCGGUCCUGCCAAAAGGCACAACCUUAUGGCCGCACUGUAUUAUAUAGUGAAAAUCUUCGUCAGACACAGACGCUGGUGACCCCAUAACUUCCAUGUAAUAAUGUCUCUUAGGUGGUUAUACACACACAUGAGAAGCAUUGUGCAGUAUUCAUAACCUAGCCUAACUUUCCCUAACCAGAAAGACAUUACCUUUUUUUACAACCUACUGCGCUGCCUACAAAUUCACCAACAUUUACUUCAUGCAUAUCUGAAAUGGAAUUCAUACCACUGGUUGUACUUGUGAAGUAGUAUACAACAGCUUGUGCAUGCUAAUCAGUUGCGAAGUGUAGUAGCACGUAGACUAUUAAGGGUCUUUUCUUGCUAUAUCUUCUGCGGCUGCCCAUCUACUUGCCAAGUAGUAGACCAAGAAUUCUUUCAGCUUGCUUCAUUAUGGAUAGAUCUCUUCAUCCUCCUCGUCUGGGAGUAGUGUAGUUGUCAUUUUACUGCUCCUAGGAUCCUCUGUCUCUCUAACUCUCGGCAUCAUGGGCGUGGGCAAGCUGGACGAGCAAGGCAAGGCUUUCCUCGCAAUGACGCUGUGUUAAGGCUUACCCUAAUUCAUCUUCUGAAGCAUCCCCCUUUGGACUUUCACGGAGAAAAGGGAAGCGGGACGCUUUUCGAGAUGGAUUAGGGUGAGCGCUAACUCUGUCACGCCACGAUGUCCGGCGUUGAGGGAUCGAAUCUCAUGAAAGCGCUCCACACGGAGCUUGACAAGUGA